GAAAAUAUAGAUGAUGUAAAAACAAGAAACAAGAACAAAAAUUAAAACGAACUUGAAAACCCCAUAAAGCAAACGAAUUACAGCCCCUCCGCGUGCCUUGAUGAAACCUGGAUGUCCACUGCAUCUCGUCCCGUCUCGUCCCAUCCCCUUUAAAAUCCAGAGACUACAUUUCCCAGAGGCCCCAGCGCCCAAGGCGAAGGCGGCACCUCCCAGGCGCCCCCUCGCGGACAACGUCUUCGGAGGGAUCUGGUCGGUUCCCGGCGGCCCUCGCGAGUGGUUCCGGUCUCGCUGAGUGCAGGAGAUGGCGGGGGCUAGCUCCGCCGCAGUGUCGGGGGCCGGUACGCCGGUGGCCGGGCCCUCAGGCCGGGACCUGUUCGCCGAAGGGCUGCUGGAGUUCCUGCGGCCCGCCGUGCAGCAGCUCGACUCUCACGUGCACGCGGUUCGGGAGAGCCAGGUGGAGCUGCGGGAACAGAUUGACAAUUUGGCCACAGCGCCCCUUUCCCCGUUUGCCCCAGAACUCUGCAGAAUCAAUGAAGACCAGAAGGUGGCUUUGGACCUGGAUCCCUACGUGAAGAAGCUCCUCAAUGCCAGGAGACGGGUCGUCUUGGUUAAUAACAUUCUACAGAAUGCUCAGGAACGGUUAAGACGGUUGAACCACAGUGUUGCCAAGGAGACAGUUCGACGUCGAGCCAUGCUAGAGUCAGGGGGCUACCCUUCUGGUUCCCCAAGCAAAUAAUGCUUCUCAGAAGAACCAUGAGGCCUGCUCUCUAAUUGCCCUGCUUCAACUUUAGACUUCAACUGUGACUCUAGAAGAUACUGAAUCUGUACUGACCCAGAAGGAAAAGGAGUAUUUAAAUAGCUGCUGUCAUUUGUGUUCUGAGCACUCGGAGCUUGAUUAACCCAUUUAGGUUGGGUCACCAGAAGUAGCCCCUUGCCUAGAUUCAGGUUGAAAAGUUCCAUAAGAAUCAGUUCGUAAGUAUUGUUUUUAAAGAGCUGUUUAUAAAGGGGAAAGCUGCAGACUCCAGAUCCACCCAGCACCCUGAAUCUGGGUGGCAUUGUUCCUACUAGGUGCUAAGUUGCUCAUCCCUGGACAGCUUCCCUCAUAAUGACUUGUACUUUUUCCUAUGCUUGCACUGAGGAUUUGAGGGGAAAGGAUCUUGGUGAGGAGGCCUUGCCCAUCCACCCUUCGUUGAUUGCACUAGCUUUUAGCUGCCACAGCAGCAUUUCUAUUAACUGUACAAUUCAAUAAAUAUCAGAGUAUUAAUGCUAUAAUCCUGUAUUAGGUUUACUCCAGGAUGAUAAGUAGAUGGGGACUAGAUUCUCAAGCUUUUAAAAAUAAGAAUUUUCUGUGCCUCUCCUUCUGGAGUCAGUCAGAUUUCCAGUCAUGACUGCUGCACUUGCCUGGAAGGGGAGAUGGAGCUGAAGAGGGGAGUGUUAUAAUGGAUUAGAAUCUUUUCUUUCCCCAAGCUAUAAUUUGGCAAGAAGCCUGUAAAGCAAACAUCAAAACUAAGCAAAGAGAAAAGUUCCAAUAUUGUUAGCUGCAGGAAGGAAAAGAAAAGAAACCUUAGAAGGAAACACUUUUAAUAGUUUCUAAAUAAAAAACAAAAACAAUUUUCAGACACUAA